GGUUCAUCCUUCCUAAUGUCUUCUGGCUGUUGAACCACCAUGACACCACAACAGUACGUAUCCAGAAACUCAAUUGCUGCUCAAGCCAAAGGAGCGAUACAUCCGGAUACCUUUUAUGGUGAGCCUCACAAGUUUGAUCCUUUCUUCAAAGGUCCAGUCCACAGAAGAAGCUGCACAGAUGUCUUAUGCUGUUGGAUCUUCGUUCUUGCCAUUCUUUCCUAUGUGGCCAUUGGAAUAGUGGCCUGGUUGCAUGGUGACCCCAGGAAGGUGCUCCAUCCAACAAACAGCUAUGGCGAGUUUUGCGGUCAGAUGGGAACCUCCAAUGCGAAGAGGCCCAUUCUCUUCUAUUUCAACAUCUUGAAAUGUGCCAAUCCUUCUAUUCUAAUUAACCUACAGUGCCCAACAACACAGAUGUGUGUCUCAAAGUGCCCCGACAAAUUCGCGACUUAUUCUGAGAUGCAGCUGGAGCACAAACUCGGCAACAGUUACUGGCAGUAUUACAGACAAUUUUGCAAACCUGGCUUUAACAACCCCAACAAGCCAGUAUCUGAGGUUCUACGAGACGAGGAUUGUCCCUCUAUGAUCGUGCCAAGUAGACCAUUUCUUCAGAGAUGUCUUCCAGAUGUCAUCACUCUUAAUGGCACUGUGACAGUGGCAAAUAAGACACGGUUCAAAGAUUCUCUUGAAACAGCACGCAGCGCCAAUGAACUCCAAGAUGCUGCCAAUGGAGUAAAAGGACUGGUGGAUACUCGGGAGAUGGGCUUGAAGAUAGUGGAAGAUUAUGCUAAAUCUUGGCCAUGGAUUGUUGUAGGUCUUCUGGUGUCCUUGGCAUUAAGUUUCCUCUUUAUAGUGCUACUGAGAUUCACAGCCGGGCUGAUGUUGUGGUUUACCAUCAUAACUAUCAUGCUGCUCGUGGCAUAUGGUAUGUGGUACUGCUCUGUGGUGUUACUCCGACUCGGACACGAUCAAGGUUCUGAUGUAUCUAUUGUGGAAGUUGGACUGCAGACAGAUCUCAAAGUCUAUCUACAACUCAGAGAAACAUGGAUAAUUUUUUUGACAUCCCUUGGAGUGACAGAGGUUUCAAUUGUGUUGAUACUGGUCAUCAUGAGGAGGAGGGUCACGUUGGCCAUUACCCUGCUCAGAGAGGCAAGCAAAGCCAUCGGCCACGUCAUGUCGACCCUUUUUUAUCCGGUUGUAACAUUUCUUUUGUUGACUGUUAGUAUUUCCUACUGGGCUGUUACUGCUGUUUACUUAGCAUCCUCAGGUGAUGCCAUAUAUAGAGUUAUGUCUCCUGAUGUGAGCUGUCCACAUUCCAACAACACUUGCAAUCCAGAGACUUUCAACAGAAGCAACAUAUCCAAAGAAACAUCCUGUGAGGGUUCUCAGUGCCUGUUUGCAUUUUAUGGAGGAGAGACACCCUACCACCGUUACAAUUUCCUACUACAGAUUUCCAACUUGCUGAUGUUUCUCUGGCUGGUUAACUUCAUCUUGGCCCUGGAACAAUGCACUCUUGCUGGAACAUUUUCCAGUUACUACUGGGCUAAGAGGAAGCCCGACGAUGUCCCUCCCUGUCCAUUGUUCUCAUCCUUCAGCAGGGCAAUCAGGUAUCACACAGGGUCUUUGGCAUUUGGGGCUCUCGUUCUCUCUGUUGUCCAGCUUUUUCGAAUUACACUGAAAUACUUGGAGAAGAAAUUAAAAGGGCUUGACAACAGCCUGUCCAGGUUUAUACUGUGCUGUCUGACUUGCUGUUUCUGGUGUUUGGAAAAAUUCCUUCGCUACAUGAAUCGAAAUGCUUACAUAAUGGUGGCAAUCUAUGGCAAGAACUUCUUUAGGUCAGCUCAAGACGCAUUCUUCCUUCUCACGAGGAACAUGGUCAGGGUUGCAGUUGUGGACAGAGUGACUGAUUUUCUGUUGUUUUUGGGAAAAGUAAUGAUAGCAGUAGGAGUUGGUGUUUUAAUGUUACUUUUCUUCACAAAGAAAAUCACCCUUUUCCAGGAGGAAGUACCCUAUCUCCAUUACUACGAGGUUCCUCUCAUGACAACGAUGGUGGGUGCCUACCUGAUCGCUCAUGGUUUCUUCAGUGUUUAUGCCAUGUGCGUCGACACAUUUUUCCUUUGUUUCUGUGACGACUUGGAGAGGAAUGAUGGUAGCGCAGAAAAACCUUUCCGCAUGUCACCUGAAUUGCACAGGAUUCUUGGAAAAUCCUCCCGGUCAUGUUGAACCCAAACACUGCUGUGGGA